CUUGUGGCGCCACGCCCCGCGCAGUCAGCUGGUUGGCGCGGAUGUUCACGUGACGCGGGCGGUGUUUAGCAGGCAGGUGGGCGGGAGGGGACCAAACCGCGGCAGCGGCGGCGCAGUACCAGCAUGUCUACGCUCUACGGCGGUGUAGAGGGGGGAGGCUCACAGUCCAAGGUCCUUUUACUCUCAGAGGAUGGGCAGAUCCUGGCAGAAGCGGAUGGACUCAGCACAAACCACUGGCUGAUCGGGAAAGACAAGUGUUUGGAGAGGAUCAACGAGAUGGUGAACAGGGCCAAGGUGAAAGCAGGGGUGGAUCCUCUGGUCCCUCUACGAAGCUUGGGCCUGUCCCUGAGCGGUGGGGAGCAGAAGGACGCAGUGAAGAUGCUGACAGAGGAGCUGAUGGAACGAUUUCCCUACCUGAGCAAAAGCUACUUAAUCACUACCGAUGCUGCCGGCUCCAUCGCCACAGCUACGCAGGAUGGUGGGAUCGUGCUCAUCUCUGGGACAGGUUCCAACUGCAGGCUUAUCAACCCCGAUGGCUCAGAGAGUGGCUGCGGUGGCUGGGGCCACAUGAUGGGGGACGAGGGCUCAGCCUACUGGAUUGCACACCAAGCAGUGAAAAUAGUGUUUGACUCUAUUGACAACCUAGAGGCGGCUCCUCAUGACAUUGGCUACGUCAAGCAGGCGAUGUUCAACUAUUUCCAGGUGCCAGAUCGGCUAGGAAUCCUCACCCACCUGUAUAGGGACUUUGAUAAAUGCAGGUUUGCUGGGUUUUGCCGGAAAGUUGCAGAAGGUGCUCAGCAAGGAGAUCCCCUUUCCCGCUUUAUCUUCAGGAAGGCUGGGGAGAUGCUGGGCAGGCAUGUGGUGGCCGUGUUGCCUCAGACUGACCCGGUCUUGUUCCAGAGGGAGAUGGGCCUCCCCAUCCUGUGUGUGGGCUCUGUGUGGAACAGCUGGGAGCUGCUGAAGGAAGGUUUCAUUCUGGCGCUGACCCAGGGCAGGGAGAUCCAGGCCCAGAACUCCUUCUCCAGCUUCACCCUGAUGAAGCUGCGACACUCCUCUGCCCUGGGCGGGGCCAGCCUAGGCGCCAGGCACAUUGGGCACCUCCUCCCCAUGGACUACACUGCCAAUGCCAUUGCCUUCUACUCCUACACCUUCUCCUAGGGGGCUGGGCUUGACUCUACCACCACAAGCCCAGUGGAGUACUGGAAAGGAGGAGACUUUUUUCCUUCUUCUUUUUUUUUUAAAGAAAAACACAUAGAAAAUAAACUCACUUUACCCACUCCCUAA